GUGAAAAGCGAGCAACUGGUGGAUUACAAUUGUUACGAAACGCGUACGUAGUAGUAUGAAUCUCGCACUCGUUUUCUUUUGUUGCUGUCAUGUUUCACGUGGAAACCUGUCAUCUCGUAGGUACUGUUUCACAGAACAUCACUUUUUGACUUUGAUGUGUCGGCACGUCAGUUUCCGAAGUUGCAUGAAAAGAUAUUAUCGUUGUUAGUCCUGCAGAUGACCUCCAUGAAAAUCAGCAAACGAAAUCAAAAGUCACUAGAAGAACGCAUUCGAGCAUGGGGAAACACGCUCUCGUCCUGACGGUGGUUUUAGCUCUGGCCCAAACAGAGUGUUGCCUGGGCUUUCAGUUGGCACGAGAGACGCAUUUGCCCUUGUCUUUGGCUUCUGGGUUAUCUAAAAAUGACGAACCCUCCAAUGACAACGGUUGUGUCUCAGGAUUGUGCAACUCGGAAUUGUCGAGACGGGAUGCAUGUCGUUCUGUAGUUGGUACUGCUUUAACGAUGUCUAGUGCCCUGUUGGGUGGAGCCGAUCCGGUGUUUGCUACAAAAGAGGACGAGAAUGGCUUCGCUCCUGCUGUUCGACCAACGGCGUAUCGCGUCGACUCCACGAUACCUCCAACACUGCUCCCACUUUCUAGUGCAAGAAAAGAAAAGGCGACUCUGAAAGCAUUGGGAGGUGGGUCGGGAACGGAUAAGGAAGAGAUAAAGAUCGAUACACUUAACCUCAACAACUUCAUGAACAAACUCGUUUUUGGUUCGAUUGACUUUGUUUCUCAGACGGUGAGCCAAUCGAAAGACGAAAGUAAAGUAGGUCCGGGAUACGCAUCAUUCGUCUGCAUGGGAAUGCCUUCUAAGACGACGUCAAAUGAUAUCGAUUUGGCUACGAGCCUCAUGGGCUCAAUCCUCCAAAGCCGGCGGGAGGAAUUAGCCACUGGGUUGGGUCUUUCCUUUUGUCCCAUGUCGUCACAGCCUGCUUUGGAUGCGUUCACAAAGUCAGGGGAUGAGUCAACGUUACAAUCUGCCUUGAAGGGAGCUGGAGUGGGAAGCGAAACCAUUGACUUGUACAUGCCCUUGAUCCGUUAUGCCAAAAGCAAGUCUGUAGAUUUCUUGGCCCUGUCGCCCGAAUUUCAGGACAUUGAAGCUGCAAGGACCAAAGGUUUGGCAUCUGUAGACUUUGAACGACGCAAAUCGUAUGUUUUGGAUCCAGAGGGUUUCAUUUCUAUGACCCAGGAUCCUAGGUAUAAGCUCUACACGGACAGAUCUCUGUUGAAAGACUUUGAACCAACAAAUAGUGAAGACAACAUCAAGGGUUUCUUCGCCGAGCGAAUUUUCGUCCACGAAGCAGGAGCUUCUGCCGUAGCCAAAUAUACCGUGAACAAACCUGAAUCAAUGGUGGUGAUGAUAUCGCCAAUAUCGGAUGUGCGCUACUUGCAGGGUAUUAACGGACGAAUCCCAAGAGUCUUCGGAUCCCUCGUGGAAAAGAACAAUGCAAAUGGUGUGAACUCUCAAACUGUUACUAACAAGGUAUCAGACAAUGCCGUGACAACGAUACUCCUCAACCCAACAGCCCUUGAUACACUAUCUGCGGGCGAAAAAUUGCGCCUAGAGAUUGGCACUGGACCAGACACUAUAGAUUAUCAAUCCAAGAUUGCAGAUUACAUUUGGUUCUCAUCAUCUCCCAAGGUGAGCCUAAUUCCGAGACUGAUGAAUUAAUCAUUAACACAUGUAUUAUGCCGAAUGCGAUCUUGACUAUUCCAGGUGGCUCAUGAAUAUAAGUAAAAGCAUGUA